AUGGAGGAUUCCAGAGAGCAGAAUGGCAAUGCCCAUGCCCUUGCAGCUGCCGGCAACACUCCCGACGAGCCGCAGCAAGAGGGCGCCGACGAGGCCGAGCCGGGGCAGCUGCAGCAGGACGGCGCCGACGAGGCCGAGCUUCUGUUGAAGCUGAGGAAGUACCUGGUGCUGAUGGCCAUCCUCGUGGCGGCCAUCACGUUCCAGGCGGGGCUGGCCCCGCCGGGCGGCUUCUGGCAGGACAGCAAGAAGGGCCGCGUCGCCAGCGACAUCGUGAUGAGGUCCAGCUACCCCAGGCGGUACCUUGUCUUCUUCUACUUCAACACCACGGCGUUCGGGGCCUCGCUCAUGGUGCUCAUACUGCUCCUGAUGAGGGAGCUGACCCAUAAGGCGGUCUGGCUCCGCACGCUCCAGUUCGCCAUGAUUCUUGGCUUGCUGGGGCUCAUGGGGGCCUACGCCGCUGGGAGCUGCAGGGAGGUGAGGACCUCUGUUUACAUCUGGGUGUUACUCCUUGGCAUCUUCGCCUAUGUCACACUCCAUGUGGUAUUCUUCAAGCACUUGGCACCUCAAUGUCUGCGAGAUAUGUUCUGGGGUAUUCGUGCAUAUUGGAAGAAUACUCUUGGGCACAUAAUGACACCAGGAUCAGGGAAGACAGCAGAUGAGCAAGGUCCAGCAGGUCAGUUGGAAGAGAGGAUAACAGAUGGCGAAGAGGCCUCAAAUGCAGAGAGGAUAGCAGAUGGCCAAGAGGCCUCAAAUGCAGAGAGGAUAACAGAUGGCCAAGAGGCUUCAAGUCCAGAGAGGAUAACAGAUGGCCAAGUGGCUUCAAAUGCAGAGAGAAUAACAGAUGAGGCUUCAAAGAAGAGAGAAGAAAAGGAAGAUCUUGAAAGAAAUCGCAGCUCCUUGCUGGUUCUUGCCACAUUGGUAGCAACAGUGACAUAUGUGGCAGGGCUAACCCCUCCAGGUGGCUUCUGGUCUGAUGACAACAAGAACCACAUUCCUGGUGAUCCGGUGCUGCGAGACCACUAUCCACGCCGAUUCAAGGCCUUCUUCUAUUGCAAUGCCACUGCUUUUGCUGGAUCACUUGUCAUCAUCAUCAUGGUCCUCAGUCAAACAGCGGUGGAUCUUGUUGUCAAGUCAAAUGCUCUGCGGUUGUGUGUGGUAGUCAGUCUAUUUGGGCUUAUGGGGGCAUAUGCUGCUGGAAGUUGCAGGGAGGUACAUACAUCUAUCUAUGUCUUUGCACUUGUUGCCACAGUCUUGCUCUACCUCAUCAUCCAGUGUAUUGAGCCUGCUCUGUCUAAGUUGGCAUGUAUUGCAAACACCAUCACUCGUGUGAAAAAGAGAAAUAAAGAAAUGGUUCAGCAGCUGAGGACUUUCAUCGCUGACUUGUUAAAACCUCCCAUACCAGUAAAAGAUCAGUCAGACAACAGCACUCCAGGCACUGAUGGUAAGGAUUUCCAGAAGUUGCGCACAUACCUUCUAUUACUUGGCAUCCUUGCUGCCACAGUCACAUUCCAAGCUGGGCUGAAUCCACCAGGAGGCUUUUGGACAGAUAACAGUGAUGGGCAUAUUGCUGGUGAUCCAAUUUUGGAGACCAUUAGUCCCAAGCGCUACAAGGCAUUCUUCUAUUGCAAUGCCACAGCAUUUGUAGCCUCUUUGGCCAUCAUCAUCCUACUCCAGAGCCAUUUGAUUACCAUUCAUGCCAUGAAGCGUUAUGUACUGCAAACAGCAAUGACACUUGUGCUCUUUGGUCUUAUGGGAGCCUACGUCGCUGGAAGCAGCAGGAAGUUCUCAACAUCCAUUUAUGUGUUCGUCCUAGUCCUCCUAGUUUUCGUCUAUGUUGUACUUCAUAUUCUAUAUGAGAGGACACUAGGGAAUACUGGGAGCACAGCAGGGAAUACUGAGAGCACAGCAGGGAGUACUGAGAGCACAGCAGGGAGUACUGAGAGCACAGUAGGGAAUACUGGGGUUUCCAUGGCAGAAACCUCCCCAAAUCCUAGUUCAUCUGAACCUACUCUUGAAGAAAAAAAAGAUUUAACCUCCCAAAAUCCUAGUUCUUCUGAACCUACUCCUGAAGAAAAAACAGAUUUGCAGAAGAGGCGCAAGUUUCUGAUGUUGCUCGCAAUUCUAGCAGCUUCUAUCACAUACCAAACUGGUAUAAGCCCACCAGGUGGCUUUUGGACUAACGGCCACCGAGCAGGUUAUCCAGUGUUUCGUGACGAGUUCCGAAACCGCUAUAGGGUGUUCUUCUACUUCAAUGCUACUGCUUUCAUGGCAUCCCUGGCAGUAAUUCUGUUGCUUGUUAACAAGAGGCUAUGCAACAAAGGUCUGAGGUGCCAUGCGCUAUGUGCAUGCGUAUUGAUUGAUCUGAUCAGCCUCAUGGGUGCUUUUGCUACUGGAAGCUGCAGAGAAGUGUCAACAUCUGGCUAUGUCAUUCUUGUUGUUCUUGCAGUGUUUGUCUAUGUCAUAAUUCAAGUCCUGGUUCUGACACCAAAAGAUAAGUGGAAUGAGUUGCUGCGGCCUUCUAAGCACCAAGAUCCAUCAAUGAAUCACACGAGAAGUAUACAUGAUACUGAUAGUAAGAGAACAGAGCACAAAUGGCGCAAAGAUUUGAUGCUGAUUGGAACUCUUGCAGUCACUGUCACAUACCAAGCCGGUCUGCUUCCGCCAGGAGGAGUUUGGCCUGAUGACCAGGAUGGCCAUUUUGCAGGUGACCCAAUCCUCCAUGAUACCAACCUAACACGGUACAAUGUAUUCUUCUAUUGCAACGCUACAGCAUUCAUGGCCUCAAUGGUCAUGGUCAUCCUCCUGCUGAACAACACAAUAAGCAAGCACAAGAGAUCUCUCUUUGCCAUGAAAACAGCAAUGGUCUUGGACUUGCUUGGUUUACUUGGGGCAUAUGCCGCGGGCAGCUGCAGGAAGUUGAAGACAUCUGCGUACAUUUUUGCGCUCGUCAUUGCCGUGAUAAUCUACAUCGUCAUUCAUGUCUUGUUGUCAUUUGACGAAGUGGCACGGUUAGCGAAGAAGAAGGGAAAACAGUGGGUGCCAUCAGUGCCAUGUCUGAAGACCUCGUCUCUGCUUGGAAUUGAUUCAAACAGUCAACCAUCUAUUGGGAGACCAGGACAAGGGCCUCUGCCUGUGUAA